AUGACCCAUGGCUCGCAAAGCCCUCCCGCUUUUCCCACCCCCGGACCGCCCGGCGCCCGGCGCUCGGCGGUUGCGGCGGCCCCGGACCAGCAGCGCCCGAACAAUGAUGGGAGGGGGAGGGAAAGUUCGCCAACCCGCAGGGCGCCCGCGCUCGGGCUCCGGGGGCACCCGGCUCCCCGGGGGUCUCGCCGCUCCCCGCACCGCUGGCCCUCCUCUCCUGGCACUCGGUUCUUCCUGCCCCCCAACGUGGAAACAGCCCGGGCGCGCCCUCGCUCCCCGGAGCAUCCGGCCCCAGGAGGCCCGCAGAGCAGGUCCUCCCGCCGCGGGUCUGACUCCGUGAGCCCCGAGACCCGGCAGAGGACAGGGAGGGAGGGGGCGUCGGGAAGGGGCACCGGGGAGAACAGCCGGAGCAGUUAUGGCGCUCAAUUCCUGCCCGAGAGGAGCUGCAGCCGAGCUCCGGCGCCCGCCCCCGUCCCCCGCGCCGGGCCCCCGGCACUGCCCCGGCCGGCAGAGGGGCCACCGGGCACUUUACCUCAGCCCACACACGCUCUCAGUCCGAAGACGCUGGGGACGCCUGAGGCGACCGCGAUUCGGAGCCGGAGCGACCCGCAGCGCUGCGAGGCUGAGCCGGGACGCUGCGCUCCGCGCCGCUCGCUUCCACUCCCCGAAGCCGCCACUCCCACUGCCCACCCGGCGCGACGCCCCCUAGCAGGCUCGCGCCGCGUCCUCCCUCAGGGGCGCCUACCUUCGCGCAGCUAG